AUGGUGAAUGAACAAUUAAAUGGUAUUGUUUAUACUUUGAAAAAUAAUUUUACUAUAUCAACUAUCAAUGGAAAUUCCAAAAUUGAGAUCAAAGAUAUCAGUAAGGAUAAUGAUAUGAUUGCUAUCAAGUCAUUUAUAACCAAUGGAUAUAAUAAUUUAAAACUGCCUUCGAGUUUCGAUAGUAAAUUCAAAUUAGAAUUAGUCUUGGGAAUACGAACUGUUAUGUCAACUUAUCCACAGAACAUUCAUUGUAAGAGUUCUUUAUGGAGAAUAACAAAGGGCUAUUAUGGGGAUAAUGAAAAGAGUAUGAACUCUGUUAUCAUGUUAACUGUAUCUGGAAGCGUUCAAUUAAAUUAUGUAUAA